UAUGGGCCCAGUAUUCGGUCGGACCUGAUACCUCAGUGGACGGUAGUGGUCGCUUUCUUUACCUACUUGAUCAAGGACAAUGUAGAGAGCAAACAGGUGGUUUUAAUAGAAAACCUAUUGGAGAUGAUUUUGGAUGUCCAGCUGGACCAGAGCUGCUGGGUGCGGAAGGUCGGGGUAUGCCCCGGAGAAUUUGAAUAAGGAGCUCGUGGUGCGGUACUGCAAUCAGAUACUGGGCAUUUUAAUGGACUGUUUGGAUUAUCACAAUUUGGGGAACGAAAGCGAGCUGAUCCUGGAGUCCCUGCAAUCCUUCUCGAAACUCCUGAACAGUUUGCCAGGGUACAAAUUCAGUUCCUUUCAAGUUACCGGAGCAGUGAGGAUCAAGUUGCUAUUCAGUCAAGAGGAUCCACGUCUAAGGAGAUCCUCGAUCCAGUUAUUAGGAGAUCUGGCAACAUCCUUUGGCCAGGAGACCAAUUUGGAGGCAUUCAAGGAUCGAGUGAGAUCCAAGGGAACCUCAUCACUUUACUCUUGCAUCUAUGCGCCUCCAGACGUGUAUAUUGUCAAGGCCUGUAAAAGUACAAUGCAGAAGGUUGGCCCUUAUCUGGAUUUUCCGAGGUGGCGUCUAAGGGCCAAUCCCGCCCUUGUCAUCGGUUUGUUCUACGCCGAACUACUACCCGAGAAUAAACCGAAAGUUUCACUGGAAACUGUCUGUGAUAAACUGAACAGACUGAUGCAAGACGAGUCAGAAGAAGUUAGGAUUAAGAACGGAAUGUGCUAG